UUAAUAUUUAAAGAGCCAGAAGAUCGCUGAAUAGGUCAGAAGGACCAAAACAGUACAAGAGAUCGCACCAGCACACAACAGCGUGAACAGGGUCAGUUAAUACCGCUUAGUUAUCCAGUGCCAGUAAGUUUUUUUUCUCACAAAUAAUUGCAAGUCAGUGUUGUAAGCUGUGUUAGAAACAUCUUUUGGUGCACCGUCGAUCAGUAAACAACCAAUGUGAAGCUACAAGUACAAAAGCCUAGAGCGUGUGUAAGAACUUUUGCGGUAACGUUCUCACCAUUUGAAUUGCUGAAAGUGAUCGCGUUUCAGCUGUACAAGUACAAGUGCUGUGAAGUUUGUAAGAACGAUCCUUUAGCGCACCGGUGAUUGCUGAAUUUUUGCGGUGACGUUCUGACCAUUUCUAGGGUAUAGAGUAAUAGUUUCGCACUAUGGCACUCCCAACCAGCGAUGUAUGGCUGCAUUACGUGAAAUCUGAAGGUGGAGGUAAAUGUCGUUACUGCCAACAGGUAGUGUCGUACACUAAGGGCUCAACAUCUAACUUGAAACGGCAUCUCAGUCGUAAACAUCCUACUGUUCCGUUGCAUAGAAAUAACCCUCCAUCGACAACUGAUUCUGAAUUAGAUUCACCGUUGGAAUGUACCUCAGCAGAAAGAAACGUGAGCAGCCCGCUGGCCAAUUAUUUCCCAUCCAAUAAGGCUAUGAGCGCAGAAUCGAAGAAAAAAAUUGAUACUCUAUUGCUUUUAAUGAUAUGUAAAGAGUAUCAACCGUUUUCUGUAGUAGAAAACGAGUAUUUUGCGCGUUUUGUUAAGGCUUUAAACCCUAAAUACGUUCUACCUACAAGAAAGAGUAUUUCAAACGGUGCGUUACCAGCGCUUUAUAACGAUACGCUCAAAGUCGUGCAAACCAACUUACUCACAGCAUCAACAAUUUCUUUAACUGCUGAUUGUUGGACAAGUAUCAAUAAUGAUAGUUUUUGUGCAGUUACAGCACAUUAUAUUAACAGUAAAUACGAACUGUGUUCACAGUUAUUAGAUUGCUCUGAGUUUUGCAAAAGUCACACCGGGAAGAAUGUAGCUGAUUUGAUCACGAAUAUAACUGACUCCUUUAAUAUUACCAGCAAAUUAGUCACUUUGGUUACAGAUAACGCUAGCAAUAUGCUAUCAGCUGCAACACUUUUAAAUAUUUCUCAUCUCCCGUGUGGUGCCCAUACCUUAAAUUUAGUAGUUAAAGAUGCACUUCCUAAGAUUUCGUCUACAUUAGAGAAAGUUAAAAAUGUAGUCAUGCACUUCAAAAAAAGCUCAAAAGCUGCCAAUAAGCUUUCUGAAAUGCAAACGAGUUUAAAUCACCCUGAACUAAAACUAAAACAAGAUUGUCCCACUCGAUGGAAUUCCACGUACGACAUGUUAGAUCGUAUUAAACAAAAUAGGAUCCCACUAGCAUCGUGUAUUGCCACACUGAAAAUCAAAUCCAAGCUAGAUGAAGACGAUUGGUGCAUCAUAGAACAGGCUACCAAAAUCUUGAAGCUUUUUAACACCGUUUUUUACCGUCGAAAUUAUGGCAGAAAAAACAGUGACAAUUUCAAUAAUGGGGUUUUUAACUAG